AUUAGGGGACGGACGCUUGUUUUGCUUGCGUACAUAAGAAAAGGGAAAACACUGGAUCGCAGUUUGUGAAUUUUUUUCUACAUGCCUUCCUCUAAAUACAGUUUUUAAACUUUUGUUUGUGGCGUUUAAAUCUAAAGCAGUCGGUCGGUAUGCCUCUGUCGGAUAGGUCGAGCUCUGACGGCGGCGGCGGGCCUCGGAGUCCUCGGGCUCGGAGACCCCGGACUCGCUCUCGCUCCCGCAGCCGCAAUCGCAGCGACAGCCUCGAACGGAGCCUGUCCCCGGACAGCUUUGGGCCCAAACUCCCGAAGCCGCGGAACAGGGAGAGGGAACGCGAGGAGCGGGAGCGUCGAUUCCGAGAGGCGAGAAACAUCAGACGGAUACGUAUAGGAAGCCCUCGUCGCAGUCGGUCCCGGUCCCGGUCCCGGUCCAGGGAGCGUCACAACAACACCUCCAACAACAACAGCAGUCACAACCACUGGUCCGAGCAGCGGGACGCUCCAGGAAAACACGGCAGCUUUAGAGAUGAAUACUACUACGAACAGCAGCGGGACGACGCUCAGAGGCAGAGACAAGAAGCCUUUAUCGCCAGGCGCCUUCAAGAGAGGGAGAGGAUCGGUGAGUUGGGUUGUCCUGAAGUGUGGGGAUAUUCACCAAGAGUGAAAGAACCAGACUCUGAUGAAUUCACACCAGUUGAAGAAGAUGAGAAAAACAGCAGUUCAGAGUCAAGCUCAGAAGAAGAGAAGAAGAAGAAAAAGAAGAAGAAGAAGAAAUCCAAGAAGAGAAAGAACAAAAAGCACUCCGAGGACAGUGAGCUGGAAUCAGAGUCAGAUGAAGAAGAAAUAAAGAAGAAGAAAAAGAAAAAGAAGAGCAAAAAGUCCAAGAAGUCCAAGAAGAAGAAGGCGAAGAAGAGUCGUAAGGAGUCCAGUGAGUCCAGCAGCGAGGAGUCUGAGGAGGAGGAGGAGGAAGAGGAAGAUCCCAAUGGGGUGAUGUGGGUGGAGAAAACCUGCAUGGACGAGCACAUGGUCGGCCCUGAAGCUCCACUCACCCACAUGUCCCAGGACGACAGGCCUUUGGAUUUUGGUCAUGCGCUGUUGCCAGGUGAAGGUGCUGCGAUGGCAGAGUACGUGAAAGCAGGAAAACGUAUCCCGAGAAGAGGAGAGAUCGGUCUCACCAGCGACGAGAUCGCAAACUUUGAGAAGUCUGGCUAUGUGAUGAGCGGCAGCAGACACCGUCGUAUGGAGGCUGUGCGUCUGAGAAAGGAGAACCAGAUCUACAGCGCAGAUGAAAAGAGAGCUCUGGCGUCUUUCAACCAGGAGGAGAGGAGGAAGAGAGAGAGCAAGAUCCUGUCGAGCUUCAGGGAAAUGGUGUACAGGAAAACCAAAGGCAAGGAGGAGAAGUGAACAUCACGUUUCCACAGUUUGCUCUCAGAUGACCUUUUAUCAGACACCUUUACUCUUUGUCCUGUGACUACAGGUGUCUAUUUUAGGAGGAGGCGUAAGGGGAAUGUACAGUGUGGAGGGAGGAUUUUAACUGUAAAGAAAUGUGUAGAAGUGAGACUCUGAGAAGUAUUUAGUUGUAUUAUUUGUCUCCAUCCUAUUUACCUACUGGAACUAGUCUUUCAUUACAGCUGUUCAACUAUAAUUUUCUUUUGUAAAUUUUUGCAUAUCAUCCCCAAUAGAAUGGCAAAUAAAUUUUCACUAUGAAGUCAUCUUGUGGUUUUCUUUUAAAUGAACGUUCCCAACUUUGGAACUCCUUAAAGUGUCAUUUUGUUUAAUUUUAGCUUAAUUUCUGGAUGUCCUAAGAGGGAAAUGUCUGAAAAUCUUGAUAUAUUUUUGUGUAGCAUAUAUGUUUUUUUCUGCUUUCCUAGUCUGUUAAUCAUUUAAUGACCUCUCCGAUUUCUUUCAACUCCUUGGAGGAUCCUGUUUUUAACUGUUAAUAGUGUGAUAUUUUGGACAUGGCCGUAUAUCAACAGGGUUGGCUCUUGUAACUGAGAGGAUUGUAAUAAAAUUAUUAUUUUCAUCAUUGA